AUGCCGAAUGAAUUCGACGUCGCCGUGAUUGGGGCCGGAAUGGCGGGGAUCAUCGCCGCAAGGGAUCUCAGUCAGAAAGGACACUCAGUCGUGCUCCUGGAGGCCCGUGAUCGCAUGGGAGGACGAACCUACACGGACCACGCGUUCAACGGGGAACUGGACCUCGAACUGGGAGGAGGUUACGUCCACUGGACACAACCACACGUCUGGCGUGAGCUGCAGCGCCACGGAAUGUCCCUCAAGCCGCCGAUGGAAGGGGGCAGGUUCUACUGGCUGGCCGAUGGGGCUGUCCACUCUGGUGGUAGCGAGGACUUGUAUGGGACCGUAAUCCCACUAGUGCAACGACUCUUUGCAGACGCUCGAGCUCGGUUCCCGAUGCCGUUCGAGGUUGAUCUUCUCGAGAACCGCGAAAUCGAGGAGGAAACUGUCGAAGAUCGCAUUAAUUCGUUGAACCUGUCUAACUACGAGCGUGAUGUCCUAGAGGGAUUACUAGCAGGCGUCAUCCAUUCAUGCAAGAAACAGGGGAUUGCGCAGCUUCUGCAGGCGGCUGCAACAACCUUCGGAGAUUUCACGGCCUUUUUCGAAACAGCUGGAUCUUGGGGUAUCCAAGGAGGCACCAAGCAGCUCAUUAGUGCCAUUAUGGCCGAGUCGAAUGUUGAGCUCCGGCUUUCAACGCCCAUACGUGCCGUGGUCGACAAUGGCUCCGGUGUUACUAUCACGACGCGCGAAGGUCAGCUAAUCAACGCCUGGUCGGCCGUCGUUGCGCUACCCCUGAACACCCUGGGCGACGUGAAGAUCCACCCCGACCUACCCCCAGCGGCGCGCUCGAUGAUUGAGCGUAGGAACCCAGUGAUGGCUCACAAGAUCUGGGUCCGGGUGAAGGGCGAGAUCGAGCCGUUUUCGAUGGUUGCACCGCCCGGGAAGCAUCCCAUCAACGCAGCCAGGUUCGAAAAGCACCAUAACGGAGACACACUUAUCAUGUGCAUGUGCGCCGACGCUGCCGCUCUUGACCCCGCGGAUCUACACGCUGUUCAGGCAGCCCUGCGCAAAUUCAUCCCGGAGAUCGAAGUUGUUGAUACGGCCUGCCAUGACUGGGUCGCCGACGAAUUCUCCAAGGGGGGUUGGAUGAUGCACCGCCCAGGGACUCUAACGACGGGCCCAGCACUGUUCAGGAAGCCGCAUGGAAACAUCUACUUUGCAGGGGGUGACGUAGCAACCUGGGGAAUAGGAUCGAUCGAAGGCGCCAUGGCAAGCGGCGCCCUUGCCGCGCGGGAUUUGUCCAUGGCAUUGGGGCAAGGGAGGCAUAGGUUUUGA